UUAUCCUACUUUCGAUUUUACUGUGAAGGUUUGCUAUAUAUAACCAUCGAUGGCAUGCGACUUCAGUUUUGGCGCAGUGACGGCUUGUCAGGUGUAGCUGUAUCAUGACUGGCAGGGUUGUACCAAAGCUGGAGAAUCCACACAAACAGCAUGUGUUUAUUGCGCAUGCACAAAAUGACAGUGACCUCAGUAUUGAAUUAAUGCAGUAUCUGGAGAAUUAUGGACUUAAAUGCAUGUUAGCAGAACGUGACUUCGUACCAGGGAAUCUUGUCUGUGAUAACAUCAUCAAUGCAAUAAAUACUUCACGUCGCGUACUGCUGGUAUUGUCCCGUGCCUUUCUUGAAAGUGGUUGGUGUACGUUUGAAGUGAUCGUCGCCAUGGAGAAAAUGAACAAUGACAACAACGUCAUCAUCGUUCCUCUGUUGGUGGACGUGGUCGACGACAACGUCCCCCAGAUGUUGCAGCACAUGACCUACGUUAGCACCAGCACACCUGGCUACAGGGAAUUGUUAGCCAGAGCUUUGACAGGGCGCGAUGUGAAAGUAAGCGAUCUCCUCCCCGCCGGCAAUGUUGCACACGGGUUAGCAUGGAACUACUAUUGUGGUUACCUGUCCUUUGUUUUGCCAGAUUUGGGAAAUAAAAUCCAAAAUUCAAAAUGGUGGACAACAGACAGGGACCGCGUUAUAGCGAGGAGGCUAUACAUACUUAUACCUCUGAGUUGUGUCUGCAAGGACUCACUAACCGACGUGGACCCUCUGAUCACAUUUGAUGGCAGUUUGGAGGGAGACCGGAAGAGCCGAGCUGGCAACAUGAACAGGGUGUACCGCCAGUCUGUCUGGAGAAUAGAGAGACGCAACGAACAGGACCUGUUUUUUGCGGGAGAGUUCGCCACGGUUCUGGACACCAUGCACCUGAUGGAGCUGGGGCGGGUGGCGGGGAUGUCCUCUGAGAACAAGAAGUACCAGGUGCAGAGAUUCUGCAAGACUCUCGUGGGAAUUCUCGAGCAUCCCCAGGCUAACAGGUGUCACAGGAGGUUCUCUCUAGUUAUGUAUGAUGAUCGUAAUGAAGACAUGUCAUUAUCAUCAAUCUUGACAAAAAGGAUUCUCGAGGAUGUUCAGCUGGAAGCAGACUAUGACGCUACCAGCAAUGUUACGUUUGGCAUGGCAUCUAUCCGCACAAGCUAGAACAAGACGCUGGCGAAAUAUACAACUAUUGUGCAAUAUUCAUCAUAUCAGUCAGUUCCUCUUCGUGUCGCCUGGGACUAACGUCACUGGUUACCAGAUGUGUCUGCUUCGAAUCAUGGGAUCUGUUAUCCUUCCUUCAGACAUGAUUCACCUGAAGUCUUACAAUUACUAGUCCACUUGUAUAGUGACCUUGACCUUUACACAAGUCAUAUGUAAUUGGUUUAGUUGGUUCAGCAAAACAACACGAAUGUUGUUAAUUCGGCCAUAUUGCAAAGUGUUUUAACAGGUGCUGUAUGUGAGACAAUAUAUGUACAGCAAGCAUUCUCAUUAUUGCUCUUUGUUUAUAUGGUUAAAUAUUGUAUAUA